AUGGCUCGCUUUGAAGACGAACUGUCCAGCCGGUAUGGAGGCAGCUGUCCUGCGGGCCCUGUCAGAGGGGCCAGCCGGCAGACGGGGCCUCCCGGGGGCCAGAGGAUGUACAAGCAGACGAUGGCCCAGAGAGCCCGGACCAUGGCCAUUUACAACCCCAUCCCCGUCAAACAGAACUGCCUCACCGUCAACCGCUCUCUGUUCAUCUUCAGCGAGGAUAACAUCAUACGGAAAUAUGCCAAAAAGAUCACCGAAUGGCCUCCAUUUGAGUACAUGAUCCUGGCUACCAUUAUAGCCAACUGCAUUGUGCUGGCAUUGGAGCAGCACCUACCAGCUCAUGACAAGACACCCAUGUCAGAGCGCUUGGAUGACACAGAGCCGUACUUUAUUGGAAUAUUUUGUUUCGAGGCUGGCAUCAAGAUCAUCGCCCUGGGCUUUGCCUUUCACAAAGGCUCCUACCUGCGUAAUGGCUGGAAUGUAAUGGACUUUGUGGUGGUCCUAACAGGGAUCUUGGCCACUGUGGGGGCCGACUUCGAUCUGAGAACACUGAGGGCAGUAAGGGUUUUACGGCCGCUGAAGCUGGUCUCCGGGAUCCCCAGUCUUCAGGUGGUUUUGAAGUCCAUCAUGAAAGCCAUGGUGCCUCUGCUGCAGAUCGGCCUGCUGCUCUUCUUCGCCAUCCUCAUGUUUGCCAUCAUCGGGCUGGACUUCUACAUGGGCAAGUUCCACCGCACUUGCUUCAAGACAGACACAGGCGAACAGGCAGCAGAAUUCCCCUGUGGGGAAGCCUCCCCGGCCAGGACCUGCGGCAACGGCACCACCUGUCAAGAGUACUGGAUCGGACCCAACUUCGGCAUCACCAACUUCGACAACAUCCUCUUUGCCGUUCUCACUGUCUUCCAGUGCAUCACCAUGGAGGGAUGGGUGGAAAUCCUCUACAAUGCCAACGAUGCCUCAGGGAACACGUGGAACUGGCUGUACUUCAUCCCCCUCAUCAUCAUUGGUUCCUUCUUCAUGCUCAAUCUGGUGCUGGGCGUCCUGUCAGGGGAGUUUGCCAAGGAGAGAGAGCGGGUGGAGAAGAGGCAGGAGUUCCUGAAGCUCCGCAGACAGCAGCAGAUAGAGAGAGAGUUGACCGGCUACCUGGAGUGGAUCUGCAAAGCAGAGGAGGUCAUGCUGGCUGAGGAGGACAAGAACGCUGAGGAGAAAUCUCCUCUGGACGGAGCGUGGUACAAGCGGAAACACAACAACUCUGUACUGAAAAGAGCCAAGAAGAGUAAGAAUGACCUGAUCAACGCAGAGGAAGGCGAGGACCAUUUCACCGACAUCUCAUCUGUUGCCCCCCCAGGAUCACCGUUUGCCCGGGCCAGUGUGAAGAGCAGCAAAAACGAGAGCUCAUCUUACUUCAGGAGGAAAGAGAAGAGGAUUCGCUUCACCAUCCGCCGCCUGGUCAAAGCCCAGAGCUUCUACUGGACAGUGCUGUGUCUAGUCGGACUAAAUACACUGUGUGUUGCCAUUGUACACUACGACCAGCCUGAGUGGCUCACCUAUGCACUAUACCUGGCAGAGUUUGUGUUCUUAGGCUUAUUUCUGACCGAAAUGUCCAUGAAAAUGUAUGGCCUCGGACCCAGGAGCUAUUUCCACUCCUCAUUCAACUGUUUUGACUUUGGGGUGAUUAUCGGCAGUAUUUUCGAGGUGAUCUGGGCGGCCAUUAAACCCGGGGCCUCAUUUGGGAUCAGCGUCCUGAGGGCUCUGCGACUGCUCAGGAUUUUCAAAGUCACCAAGUACUGGAACUCGUUGAGGAACCUGGUGGUGUCCCUGCUGAACUCCAUGAAGUCUAUCAUCAGCCUUCUCUUCCUCCUCUUCCUCUUCAUUGUGGUCUUUGCUCUGCUGGGUAUGCAGCUGUUUGGUGGCCAGUUUAAUUUCGAGGAUGAAACGCCAACAACCAACUUUGACACAUUUCCAGCAGCGAUUCUCACUGUUUUCCAGAUUCUAACAGGGGAGGACUGGAACGCAGUGAUGUACCAUGGGAUUGAAUCACAGGGAGGCGUUCAUGGAGGCAUGUUCUCCUCUGUUUACUUCAUCGUUCUCACUCUGUUUGGAAACUAUACACUCCUCAAUGUCUUCUUGGCCAUUGCUGUUGAUAACCUUGCAAAUGCCCAGGAGCUCACUAAGGAUGAAGAGGAGCAGGAGGAGGCCAUUAAUAAGAAGCUUGCCCUGCAGAAGGCCAAGGAGGUAAAGGAAGUCAGCCCCAUGUCGGCCGCUAACAUUUCUAUCACAGCUUUUCUAACACGCAGUCGAGGUAACGCGCACUCUAGCAGCUCGUCCGUCUGCAGCGUUAACUCACUUAAGGAGCAGCAGAAAUCGAUGAAGAUGAUGUCGGUGUGGGAGCAGCGAGCCAACCGGCUAAGGAGGCACAACCUGACGAGCUGCGAGGCCCUGUACAGUGAGCUGGAGCCUGAGGAACGCCUCCGUCUCUCCUCGGCCCUCCACAUCCGACCUGACAUGAUGACCCACCUGGACCGGCCGUUGGUUGUAGAGCCCCGCGAUGGGCCACCGCUGAGCGGCCACCAGCACCACCACCACAAGCCCUGUAUGCCUGAAGAGGCCGAGACUACCACCGACCCUCCUCCACCUCCUCAGCAGCCCCGCCGACAUCACCGCCACAGGGACAGGGACCGGGAACGAGACAGAGAUAGAGAGGAGAUGAAUGAUAAUGGAGAGACCGGCAAAGACGGGAGACACCACGUCCACCACAGCCGCUCUAAAGAACACGAUGGCAGCCGGGGCAAGGAGGGGAAGAGCGAGAGAUCUCGCAGCCGGGAGGGAGGCAGGAGGCACCAUCACCAGAGCUCAGUAGAUGAAGGAGGAGGAGGAGUGACGAGCGAGAGAGAGCAUCGCCAUCACCAUUCACACCGGCAGUCCCGAGAGGGCAACGGGACAGUGAACAGCGGGGGUAGGGGAGAGCGAAGAUCCCGCCAUAAAGACAGCCGUUCGUCCAAUAGGGAUGGGGAGAGAAGUUCUAGGGGAGAGAGCGGGGCAAAUGGGGAGAGGAGGAGACACCGGGCUCAUGGAUCCAGAGGCCAGUCCACAAUGGAGGGAGAGGAGCCCGGCGAAAGAGACAAGACCCACUGUAACAGGGAUGGGUUUGGAGACUCGGAGGGAGACUCCUUGGCCAUCUCUCCCCAGGGCCACGGGGGAUCAAACUGGCCCUCUGACAGAGCUGAGGACUCAGACAACCAGAGGAAUGUCAGACGGACUGGCCAGACCUCAAUCCACAUCCCUCCUGUGACCAUCACUUCCCCUCCUGGAGAGACCACCCUUAUACCGAUGAACAGUAUCGAGUGUGAGACGAUGCCUAUGAAUGAGAAGAAUCUGGAGGAUCUGUGCCAGAGUGGACCCAAACCUAUCCUGCCUUACAGCUCCAUGUUCAUCUUUGGACAGACAAAUCCGGUGAGGCGAUUAUGCCACUACAUAGUGACCCUGCGCUAUUUUGAGAUGUCCAUCCUAGUUGUCAUUGCUAUGAGCAGCAUUGCUUUGGCAGCAGAGGACCCUGUGUGGGCCGACGCCCCCGGCAACAACGUGCUCAAAUAUUUGGACUAUGCCUUUACUGGGGUCUUCACUUUUGAAAUGGUGAUCAAGAUGGUGGACCUGGGCCUGCUGCUUCAUCCUGGCGCCUACUUCAGAGACCUGUGGAACAUUCUGGACUUCAUUGUGGUCAGUGGGGCACUGGUGGCUUUUGCAUUUUCGAGCUUCAUGGGAUGGCAACAAGGUGUGACCAGGGGGACAAAAGGCAAAGACAUCAGCACUAUCAAGUCUCUGAGGGUUCUCCGAGUCCUACGGCCUCUCAAGACUAUCAAGCGUCUGCCAAAACUAAAGGCGGUGUUUGACUGUGUUGUCAACUCCUUGAAGAACGUACUGAACAUCCUCAUUGUCUACAUCCUCUUCAUGUUCAUUUUUGCCGUCAUUGCCGUUCAGCUCUUCAAGGGAAAAUUCUUCUACUGUACUGACGAGUCCAAGGGCCUGGAGAAGGACUGCAGAGGGCAGUUCCUAUACUACGACAAAGAGGAGGUGGCCGCCAAGCCCAGGGAGUGGAAUAAAUAUGAAUUCCACUACGACAAUGUGCUGUGGGCCUUCCUCACCCUCUUCACCGUGUCCACUGGGGAGGGCUGGCCAACAGUCUUAAAGCACUCUGUGGAUGCCACCUUUGAAGACCAGGGUCCGAGUCCGGGCUAUCGGAUAGAGAUCUCCAUCUUCUAUGUGGUCUACUUCGUGGUCUUCCCUUUCUUCUUCGUCAACAUCUUUGUCGCUCUGAUCAUUAUCACCUUUCAGGAGCAGGGGGACAAGGCCAUGUCCGAGUGCAGCUUGGAGAAGAAUGAGCGGGCUUGUAUUGACUUUGCCAUCAAUGCCAAGCCUCUGACUCGCUACAUGCCAGAAAACACGCAGUCCUUCCAGUACAGGAUGUGGAAGUUUGUGGUUUCAGCGCCAUUUGAGUACUCCAUCAUGAUCAUGAUUGCCCUCAACACCGUGGUACUCAUGAUGAAGUUCCAUGGAGCUCCUGACUUCUAUGAAGCUAUGCUGAAGAACCUCAACAUCAUCUUCACUGCCCUCUUCUCCCUGGAAUGCAUUCUCAAGAUCAUUGCUUUCGGUCCACUGAAUUACCUGAAGGACGCCUGGAAUGUGUUUGACUUUGUGACAGUAUUGGGGAGCAUCACUGACAUCCUGGUCACUGAAAUCAAUGACAGGCUGUUAAACCUGAGCUUCCUGAGACUCUUCAGAGCUGCUCGGCUCAUCAAGCUGCUGAGGCAGGGAUACACCAUCCGAAUCCUGCUGUGGACUUUCGUCCAGUCCUUUAAGGCUCUGCCCUAUGUUUGCCUGCUGAUUGCUAUGCUGUUCUUCAUUUAUGCCAUCAUUGGGAUGCAGGUGUUUGGCAACAUUGACCUAAAUGAGGACACAGCCAUCAAUCACCACAACAACUUCCGCACUUUCCUUCAGGCUCUCAUGCUGCUUUUCAGGAGUGCGACUGGCGAGGCGUGGCACGAGAUCAUGUUGUCGUGUUUGAGCUGCCGACCCUGUGACAAGAGAUCGGGAGCCCAGGGGAAGGAGUGUGGCAGUGAUUUUGCCUACUUCUACUUUGUCUCCUUUAUCUUCCUCUGCUCCUUUCUGAUGCUGAACUUGUUUGUGGCUGUCAUCAUGGAUAACUUUGAGUACCUUACCAGAGACUCGUCGAUCCUGGGGCCUCAUCACCUGGAUGAGUUCAUCCGGGUUUGGGCUGAGUACGACCCAGCGGCAUGCGGACGGAUUUCCUAUAAGGAUAUGUACAAUUUGUUACGCGUUAUCUCACCCCCCCUUGGCUUAGGGAAGAGCUGCCCUAAUAGGGUAGCAUACAAGCGGUUAGUCAAGAUGAACAUGCCCAUUGCUGAUGACAACACAGUCCACUUCACUUCCACCCUGAUGGCUCUGAUCCGCACCGCCCUGGAGAUCAAACUGGCCUCAGGCAUGGUGGCUCAGCGUCUGUGUGAUGCUGAGUUAAAGAAGGAGUUGUCCACAGUGUGGCCCAACCUCUCUCAGAAGACCAUGGACCUGCUGGUGACGCCACACAAACCCAAUGAGCUGACAGUAGGGAAGGUUUAUGCCGCCCUGAUGAUCUUCGACUACUACAAGCAGAACCGAGCCAGGAGGCUCCAGCAACAGCAGCAACAGAGUGCUGCAGGUUCCCAGAGCAAGGUCGGGGCUCUGUUUAAGCCAUUGCUGCCUCUGACUCACAUGCAGGAGAAAGACUUGGACAGUGUGGAACCUCCCAGCAUUCUCCAACCCCAGCCCAAGUCCCAUGCUAAGUCUCACCCCCAGACCAGACCCAGCUCCAACUCUCUCAACAAUGGGGGCACUCUGCCGAGUCAUGAGCACAACAUAAAGGCAUCAGCUUCCUGGGUGACGGAGAAGCCUAAGGAAGGACCUCGCGCCAAGACUAAGCGAGUCUUGUCCAGGGGCCCGUCAGAGGACAUGCCAGACACUGCUUUUGUUCAGGAGGCAGUGGAGAUGAGGGAGAUGGAAACCAAUGCCAGCAGCAUGGCAGUGCCUGGCUCCGGUCUAGAGAACCAGGGCAGGGCGGCUUCCAUGCCUCGACUCAACGCUGAGCUGCAGCGGAGCCAUUCACGCCACUCUCCAGGGACCCAGCUGGCUUCUGUCCCUGAUGCCAGCCCUAUGAAGCGCUCAGCUUCCACUGUGGCUCCUCAGCGCCCCCAGGAGGUCAGCCUGAGAGACUACACCCUGGAGAAACCCAGCCAGGACAGACCGCACCACCACCACCACCACCAUCGCUGCCACCACCGCAGAGACCGAGACCGAGACAGAGACCGAGACCGAGAAAAGAAGCAGAGAUCCUUGGAUAGAUCCCUGGGUGGACAACCUUCCAGCACUGCUGGUGGCCCAGGAGAGCCGGCGUCUGACCCUGCCGCCUCCAGAGAGCGCGAGCACGACCGCGGACGCUCCCACGAGAGGAAGCACCACCACUCAUCGGUGGACAAGCAGCGGUACUACUCCUGUGACCGCUACUGCAGUCGGGAACACUGCCACACCAAAUCUGCCACCGCCAGCUGUGCCACCUCCCCCAGUGAGGUGCAGGACACCAGCUUCAACAAGCAGGGCAGUGGUUGGGUUAAAGGCAGCCCGGUGGCGUUGAGCUCCAAUUCUAGCACGCCGAGCCGCGGACGCCGGCAGCUCCCGCAGACCCCCCUCACCCCCCGACCCGGGGUGGCCUACAAGACUGCCAACUCCUCCCCUGUGCACUUUGUGUCCGGCCAGGCAUCUCUGAGUCCUGGCAGGCUGAGCCGCGGCCUGUCGGAGCACAACGCCCUCCGGCACAGCGGCUCCCGCCACUUCCCCUGCCCCGUCACUCGCAUCAGCUCUGAGCCCUUCCUGGGUCAGGGCCACAGCGAGGCCCUGGGUGGCCCUUACGGCAGCCCGUAUGGCAGCCUGCGGGACCAGCUGGACGUCUUCCAGGAUGCGGCGUCGCUCUCGCCCAGCCCUCGUUCCAGACGCUCCCCUUGGACCGCACUGCCCCGCACGGCGGGGCCCCUGCCUCCCUCUCCACAGCAGAACCUUGGGGUGCCCAAUGGGUACCACUUCAGCUUCGGGGGCAGCGCCAGCCCAGGAUCUGGCACCAGGCCACCCAGGUAUUACCAGGAGGCAGAGGAGGACGAAUGGUGCUAGCAUGGCUUUAAACUGAUCUUUUUAAUGCAUUUUUGAGGAAUUGUGAUGAGUUUUAUCAUCUUCUUUGAAGGCUUUAGUUUACAUUUGUCACUGUGUGUGUGUGUGUGUGUGUGUGUGUGUGUGUGUGUGUGUGUAAUGCUGUGUUAUAAUCCUAACUCAGACAGACGAAGGGCAGGGGGAACAUGUAAAGGGGAGAAAAUUUGAAGGGCAUGAUAUUUGAAUGUGAGCAAAAAAGUCUCAUCUAUAUGUUGGGCCUGUAAAUUUGAAAGUAAGUAAUUCCAGAAAAUGUUUUUGCCAAUAUCACAUGUCUUAUUGUAGCCACCAUGACUUGCAGUGAUGUCAGUGUUUUGUUGGCACUCCCACAAUAGUAACUACCAAUCUAUACAAAUGACCAGAAACAAGCCACUGUCUCAUCUGACCUGAGAAGAAAAGGGAAGCUUUUUAAGAGACUAAAGGCCUUGGAGGAUGUGAGCCUCCAUCUUUGGCAGAGUUUGGCCACUACAUCUUUACAUCCCCUAUUCGAUUGACCUUUUAAGUCAUACAAAAAUACCAGUGAGUCGUGGAAUUUCGCUUCAGGGUCGGUGAACUAUCCAGAUGUCCUUCAUCUACAAGAGAAAGUGCAUCAUAUUGACAAUGAAAACAAUGAAUUCAGUGAAGGAACAAAUGUUCCUGAUUACCAAGUAGGUAAGAUAAUGUUACAUUUAUAAGUAGUUGCCACCAUGUCACAUCUUUAACUGUGGAAAAACUGUGAAAUGCCACUUCCUCUAGGCAGGUUAAUCAUCACGUGGUCCGUAAUAGGUGUUAAUUAAUAAAAUAGCUUCUCCUGCUAAAUUUGAGAAUCAUUUCGGUAGUCGCUGUGGUGAUGUCACUGCAAGUCGGCGAUACAGUCAAGACAAAAAGUGGUUCAGUAGUCCAGUGAUAAUAAUUUUGAUCAUAAUAAAUGAUUAGGGAAACCUCACAGAUAAUAUUGACACUGUACAAACAACUGUGUUCUAGUUUUGUUUAGGACUCUACCAUUCCAUGAUGUUGCCUAAUCCUUUAAUUACAUUCCCUUUCUCUCAGUCGAUCAGGCAGACGCCAAGUCUGUUGACCGUUUCUUGCAAACUCCACAACUGCGGUACGUGAGAGCAGCAAAGCACGGUCGUUGAAACAUGACCGACUGACUGAUUUGUUUUCUAUGAAGUUUACUUGUAGAUGUUACCUUUACAUUGUGUGCAUUUUUUUGUAAAAGAAACUAAAAAGUGUGUUUAAUGUAAACUGUUUAGGGUUUGCCAUCGUUUCAGGUCCAAUGUUUCUUACUGACUCCUUUGCGACGUUUUAAGACAAAGUGCCUAUCCUUUUAGAUAUACUGUAGAAAAAGAUGCAAUGUCAACUUUUUUAACGCAUCGACACUUGAGUAGUUGUUUGGUUCAUUCUGUAGCUCUGCAGGAAAACAUGAUGUACAGAAAGCCUUAUCUGCAAGCAGAGAAACGACACCUACGCUUCAAACAGGAAUGGAAAAAUGACCUUAUGAUAGUCGAUAUUUUUCUUGUUUUUGUCUUUGAUAAAUCAUGAAAUCAUGUGUGGGUGAGGGGGUGGGGGCAAGACUGAACCUUGCGCAGAAGCAUAUGUGAUCAUUUAACAGCUAUGAGAAUUGCAUUAAUAGUAUAUCAGUCCAGUUACAUUAAUACCAGUAACACAAGUGCAUGUUUAGAUGGUAGACCUGGUCAGCAACCUGCAAUGUUGACCUUGUAGAGUCCGUUUCUCUCUCUCUCUCUCUUUUUUUCUGGUGAGAAUAUCACUGCUGUGUGAGCCUUGCAAGCUCCUGUAUUGCCUUCUACAUCAUUGUUGAGACUGCAGAGUGUGUGU